CCGCGACCACUGGAAGCUCGGCAGACCUCCCGACACUGUCUUUUGCUCUCGCGGAUGCAGACAGGGAGUAGUCAAAUCGCCGGCUAUACGAGGACUUGGACAACACGGUAGGUGAUUCAGACGGGACUCUGUGUAUGACAACACAUGCAAACAGCCUAUGGUGCCUGCUGAGUGGUCUAGCAUGUCCGGACGUCCACUUAUCAGGAAAUAACUUCCAGUGGCGCCUUCUUCAAUAUCCUGAGUACGGUACGUUGUUAGCAAGAAACUGGCCAACUCCAUCACCUCAGGACGUAGGUAGACAUCUCAUGACAUCAAGGGUCUACAAGAUCCGGGCGAAUUUCAAUGUCGAGACAUCUCAUGACCUGGAAAAGACGUUGGCGCCGACUUUAUAUCGCUCGCUUCUAUUGCCGAGUGUGAGUUCCAAAGAUCCCAACUUCGCAUCAAGCAGCUCUUGUCUUCUUGCUAUCAGGAGACUACACCCCUUUCGAUGACAGUCCCAGGAUGGAUCUCUCUUGGUGCCUGCCAAUCUAUACUUUGAUGUCCGCUUUGCUUCUUCCUCUUGAUCUAACCACCGAUGGAAUGCCCUCUUCAUCAUCACCACAACAUGGCCAAAAAAGGCAAAAACAAUCAACAGCAGGUAUUCGCCAAUGGUCACCCACUUGACUACUAACCUACCGGCCUGUGGCUUAAGUACGGCUGAGCGGACGGGAAGCCCUGUUGGAACACAGCCUAUGGUCGAUUGCGGAAGCAAAUCGAGCUAUGUUAGAUAUAUACCUCGGUUUCUCAUACUUGCUUGAUCUCGAGGUCUGUACCUCUAAAUAUGUGCCACUACAACUCUUUCAGGGCGUUGAAGGUCUAUGAGUUAUCGUGAAGGUACUGCGGAGAUAACCCCAGGAAGGCGAAUUCAAGCUGUGUGAGUUUCGAGCGUCUAUGUUCUGGAGGAGGAAACAAGGUUGGAGAUUUGGGUCCAUAUUUCUGUGUCAGUCGGAAUGAGAAACAAGUGUCUGCGGACAGCAAUGUCAAAGCAAGGAAGCCUACCAGGCUGGCACCCGUCAUUACAGUUCAAUGAAGGGUUGUGUGAAUGUCGAGAACCUGGCAUUGGUAUCCUACGGCAUUACUUCACGGAAGGAAAAGGUGUGCCGUCAGUAAGGCUGCGAAAUCCGGGAGAUCCGAGGAGCCAACCAACACGAAUUCCCGUCCCUACUGUAGAAGCUCGUGAUCAAGGUAGCGCCACGUUCUUGAGGGCCGGCGAAAGCUCUCUUUGCCGUGUCCAACUAUAGAGCUGUGGUCGUAAAGGAAAAGGUUGGCUUCUGAGAAUAUGGAGUGCCUUUCGCGAACGAUCUGGCUCCUCUCAGGCUACCGGAGCCCUGCCCUUGUUGCAAUUGCAAUUGCACUUGUGCAGUUGCUUGUUCCUGCUUACUGGACUUCUAGUCGAGAUCGAACUUUGCUGACCUGGGGACAGUCGUUCGCAAGUCACAAAGCACGGAUGGUUUCCAACCGCAGCGCAAAUGCUGGACCACUCUCAGCGUGAGCCAGCGGUCAUCCCUCACUAGCAAUAGCGAGAGGCCAGCAGCAACAGGAUCUGCAAUGUGCUGUAUCUGGGCGACUGGAUCUGCCAUUCAGACGCCAUGAAAUAAAAGAAUAUAUCAUAUAGGAUCGUCAACCUCGACACCCCUCUUCACCCUCUC